AUGAACAGCAGUUGCCAGCAGCAGCAGACUCCAUCUUCACUAACCCUGAAUGGAGUCACCACUACCACUAGCAGCAGUGAAGGUGGGAAAAUUGCUGCAUCCCCAAUCCCAGAAGGAGUGACGCCAAUCGCACCAUGUGGAGAUGACGAGGAAGAAUACUCACUGGUGGAUGCCUCUAUGUGGACUCGCAAGGACAUUAAAGAGUUCAAGGAGUCACUGAUGAAAGAUAAGGAAUCAAUUAUUAAAAUAGGCUCAGGGGAAACAGUUACGGUGAGAGUACCAACACAUGAAGAUGGUACCUGUCUGUUCUGGGAGUUUGCCACCGAUUACUAUGAUAUCGGGUUUGGUGUGUACUUUGAGUGGACUAUCUCACAGACGAACACAGUCAGUGUUCAUGUCAGCGAGUCCAGUGAUGAGGAGGAUGAAGAAGAAGAGGCGGCAAAGACAGGAGAAAACAAGGGUGGGGAUGUUGAAAAGGGCCCAUCAAAGAAAACAGAGAACAAACCUCCGACAGAUGAGAUUAUCCCUGUCUACCGCCGUGACUGUCACGAGGAGGUUUACUGUGGCAGUCACACGUACCCUGGCCAGGGAGUUUACCUCCUCAAGUUUGACAACUCUUACUCCCUUUGGCGCUCAAAGACAUUGUAUUAUCGAGUGUAUUACUCCAGAUAA